AUGCCCAAGUCCUGCCGGGCUCCGAACUGCUCCAACGCUGCGGGCCGACUGGGCGCGGACAACCGCCCAGUUCCCGCUGAAGGACGGCCCCCGACUGCAGACCUGGCUGCUGCACACAGGCCGAGAGUCCUUGGGGCCCAGCUGCCACCAGCAUCUGUGCAGCGAGCACUUCACGCCUGCCAGCUUCCAGUGGCGCUGGGGUGUGCGUUACCUGCGGCCCGACGCGGUGCCCUCCAUCUUCUCCCAGGCUCCGCCCACCAAGACGCUGAAGAGACCCCAAAGCGCGUAGAAGCCAGUCGCUUCGCUCCACCUCCACAGGAGUCCGCGCCCCAGCCCCGGGACCCCGCCAUCCUGGCUCCUGGUCCAAUGCACCUAGUGGUGCCGGGACCCCCACCGGGGGGCCCCGAAGCCGCGGCCACCGUGCUCCUGGCCCCCCUUCCCCUUCCGCCUGCUCCCUCGGGGCCGCGCCCGGAGUCCUCCUCCCAGCACGCCCGGCUGGGACUGGGCGCGGCGCUGGGCGCGCUGCAGAGGCGCGUGCGGAGGCUGCAGCGGCGCCACACUCGGCACCGGGCGCAGCUGCGGGCGCUGGAGGAGCUGGUGCAGCAGCUGCGCUGGGAGGGCCUGCUGGCGCGCAUGCGCAGGGGCCUGCCCGGCCUGCUCCCUGGACCUGAGGAAUCCCGAGCCUUUACCAUCAUCUGUGGAGGGACUGAUGUAGCUGUGGUCCUUGCAUAAGACUCUGCGCCUCCGACACUGGACACCAAGCCUGAGCUUCUGGACACUUGGGCCCCCAGUACAUAAGGGUCAGGACUGACAGUGUCACAGGACAGAUGAGAAAAGACAGAGGAUGAGAGAUUCGCUAUGCACGGGCUUGGCCCAGCACCACUGCUCAUGCCCAGAGACUGACCUGGGCGGGUAGCAGUGCCUCUCUUGAGUGCCUGGCUCCCAGGGACCCCUCCCAGCCAACCUGAGCCUGAGCCAACCUGAGUCCUCAUCAGUCCUCAUUCCCCUGGGUACUAGGCCCCUGCCACCGCCCGCUCGAAUCCUUCCAUUCAGUAGAACAACUUCAGAGCAGACCAAGGGUUGUUUGUUGGGGGAGAGUUGUACCUGGUUCCAAAGAGCCCCACAUGCCCUUUGCCAAGCCCAGUGCACAGCUGGGAUACAGCAGUGAACACAGUUCACAAAAUCCCUUCCCUCCUGGUGCUCACAUCCUGCUCGAGUAGAUGAACCAGUAAACUAAUAAACGAGAUAAUUUCAGACUGUGAUAAAUGUUAUAAAGGAUGAGUGAAAAUGUAGCUGAGAGGCCUCUGGCUUGUGGGGAGACGGCAGUGGGAGUUUUCUAGCUCUCCCACCCCAGAUGCUGAUGGCAGCACCUUUACCAGCCCUCCGCCAGCAGCUUCUCCCACACAGUAGCCUGAACCAGUUUGCCUACAAUGAAAUUUCGUUGUCUGCAUUUAAAGCACAUUCUUUCUGAGUUGCUGUGAAUAAAUUUGGAAUGAUCCUGUAUAUUUUCAUCUAAUGGAGAAUUAGCUAUAUCUUGAAUAAGUAUUGCUGCACUGGACAGCUUCAGGAUAUUACUCAUAAUGUCAGCAAAUGGGAGUCCGAAUCCUGAUGGACUGAAGCAGAUUGGCCUUGACCAGAUCUGGGAUGAUCUCAGAGCUUGAAUCCAGCAAGUUUAUACAAGACAAAGUAGGGCAAAAUCCAGAUAUAUGGAACUGUACACUCAUAUUUAGAACUACUGCACAAAUGUCCACCAGUUAAAACCAGACGUGAGGAGCUGGAGUCCCUCCUAAAUCUGGAAAAGGCCUGACACUUGGAGGAGCUCAGUUUGUUGGCUUAGAAUUAUGCAAACGACUUAAAGAAUUUUUGAGGAAUUACAUGACAAAUCUUAAGGAUGGAAAAGAUUUAAUGGAUGAGAGUGUACUGAAAUUUAUACUCAACAAUGGGAAGAUUAUUUUCAAGCAAAGCGUUGAAUGGAAUUUGUGCCUACCUCAGUUGACAUUGGGUUUGCCAUGAAUGUGAUGAAGGAAGAGAAGGAAAAUAUGAAAUCUAUACACUUGCAUUGGUGACUUGGAGAGAUUUUCUGUUCAGGCCAUUGAAUAAACAGCUAACAAGCUGUUUUAAAACUGAUUGAAAAGGAAAGAAAUGGUGAAACCAUCAAUACAAGACAUUAGUGGAAUGAUGCAUUUGCAAAGGGCUCUACAUUAACAGAAUAUAAAGAAUCCUUCGAAUCUCAAUUUUUGGCUGACACUGAGAGAUUUUACACAGGAGGGAGUACUGAUUCUUGCAGCAGAACCCCAUUACUGAAUAUAUGAAAAAGGCAGAAGCCAGUCUGUUUGAGGAACAAUGAAAAGUUCAUUUCUGCCUCCAUGAAAGCACACAGAUGAAUUAGCAAGAAAAUGUGAGCAAGUACUCAUUGAAAAACACUUGGAAAUUUUCCACACAGAGUUUCACAAUUUAUUGGAUGCCGGAAAAAAUGAAGAUUUGAGUCAAAUGUAUAAUCUUGUGUCUAGAAUCCACUAUGGCUUAGGAGAAUUGAAAAACUUCUGGAGACACAUUAAGAAAGAAGGUCUCGCAGCAAUUGAAAAGUGUGGAGAAGCUGCAUUAAAUGACCCCCAAAUGUAUGUACAGAUAGUGUCGGAUAUUCCUAAAAUAUCAUCCAAAUGGCUCAGUCAUCCAGUAAAUCCCCUGAGUUGUUGGCUCGAUACUGUGAUUCCUCAUUGAAGAAAAGUUCCAAGAACCCAGAAGAGGCAGAAGUAGAAGAUACACUCAAUCAAGUGAUAAUUAUCUUCAAGUACAUGAAGAAAAAAGAUGUAUUUAAAAUUUCUAUGCAAAAUGUUGGCCAAAAGAGUCGUACACCAGAACAGUGCAAGUGAUGAUGCCGAGGCAAACAUGAUCUCUAAAUUAAAGCAAGCUUGUGGUUUGGAGUAAAUCUGUAAACUUCAGCAGAUGUUUCAGGACAUCAGUGUAAGCAAAGACUUGAAUGAGCAGUUCAAGAAGCACCUGACAGAUUCAGAACCACUAGACUUGGAUUUCAGUAUUCAAGUUCUGAGUUCUGGAUCAUGGCCCUUUCAGCAAUCUUGUACAUUUGCCUUGCCAUCAGAGUUAGAAUGUAGUUAUCUGUGAUUUACAGCAUUUUAUCCUAGCCAUCACAGUGGCAGAAAAUUGACAUGGUUAUAUCAACUGUCUAAAGGAGAAUUGGUAACUGUUUAAAAAACAGAUCUUGCAGGCAUCUACAUUGCAGGUAGUGAUCUUGCUUCAGUACAAUACAGAAGAUGCUUACGCUGCACAGCCAGUGAAUGAUAGCAUGCAAAUUAAAUGGAUAUUUUGGCACAAGUCCUACAGAUUUUAUUGAAGUCAGAGUUAUUGGUCUUGGAAGAUGAAAAUGCAAAUGCUAAUGAGGUAGAAUUGAAGCUAGGUACCUUAAUAAAAUUGUAUCUUGGUUAUAAAAAUAAGAAAUUAAGGGUAAACAUCAAUAUGCCAAUGAAAACCAAACAAAAGCAGGAAUUAGCAACCACACACAAAAAUAUUGAGAAAGACCACAAACUAUUGAUUCAGGUAACUAUUGUGAGCAUUAAGAAAAUGAGGAAGGUUCUAAAAAACCAAUAGUUACUUGGAGAAGUGCUAGCUCAGCUCUCCUCAAGAUUCAGAUUCAAACCUUGGGUUCCAGUUAUUAAGAAAUGCAUUGACAUUCUGAUUGAGAAAGAAUAUUUGGAGGAAGUAGAUGGUGAAAGGGACACCUAUAGUUACUUGGCUUAACCCUUCUAGAAGGGUCUGACUGUGUGACUUGCAGCAAAAAGCUUAUGAUGGAAAUAAUGAAAACAAAUGUAUAGCAGCCAGGCUGCUGCCAUUUGGAUCUCCCUUUUUUAAACUGAGACCAAGACUUCCAUCAGAUAGUCUCAGAUUUACACUGGAACUGUGCAGGAUUGAUGCAUUUCAAGUCUUUAAAUACAGAAACCCAUGCCAUUUAAUUUAAUUUAAGAACAGAGAGGAAUUGAACGUUCCAUGCGGAAGGCUGCAUGCUACUGCAUUUAAAUCAAUACAUUGGCUACACGAUUAACAGCUGUCCUCUCAAGCAGCACUUAGAAUAUUGGCAGCACUUUGAGAGCAAGUCUGAAUAGACCCACGUGUAAUCUGCUAUGAAAAAAGAUUUGUAUAGUGUUUCAUUUUUUAAUGUGUGGAAAUAAAGAAAAUUAAAGGAUUUCUGUAC